UGCGACUAACGUACGCUUGCAUGUGUGUGUGUGGCUGCGCCCACCACGAUACCUGUACGCCAAUAAACCAGUGCAUAACUAGCUACCGGUUGUUUCACUUGUGUCCACCUACGUAUCCAACAGUGGCGACGAAUACCCACAUUUAGGAAAAAAAAAACAUGUCUUCUGGAUUAUUUGGAAUUUUGACCAGUUUUGACCACAAUGAACAUGAGUGGAAGACUUACAAAAGCCGUCUGACACAGUGGUUUGUGGCAAACGACAUCACCGAUGUGACAGACGCAACCGGAACAAAGCGCAGAGCUAUAUUGCUAAGUGCACUCACGGAGGGUACGUACAGACUCGCUGCGGAUUUGGUUCUACCAAAGGAUGUACAAACGGUGCCCUACGACGAUAUCAUAACAAGUUUGGAUACUCAUUUCAACCCUAAGAGAGUAGGGUUCAGCGAGAGACACAAUUUCUACGCAGCGGUACAACGACAAGGCGAAACGCACUCACAGUGGGCCGCGAGACUUCGUGGCCUGACGUCGCUUUGUGCCUUCAAGAAUGUGGAGGAAACGCUGCUCGAUCGCUUUAUUAUGGGAAUGAGGGCUUGUUAUGAAAAAGAAAAGCUGUACGCUCAGGAUCUGACUGGCCUUACGCUUGGCAAAGCUGUGGAAUACGCCGAAAAUGUUGCCACCGCGCGCGCAGCUGCCACCGCUAGCGCGAGCGGAGCGGGCGCCGCCGCCGCCGCCGCGGGCGCCGCGACGCUGGACCCGCUAUUAAAGAUAUCGCGCAGUACUAGUGCCCAUAAGGGACAGGCCGCGGCUAAGUCUAGCCGUUUAGCGAAGCCUAAGUGUACCACAUGCGGAUAUACCAACCACAAGACCGCGGAGUGUCAGUACAGUGAUUAUGUGUGUAAGAAGUGUAACGUUAAAGGCCAUCUACGUAGGGUGUGUCCGUCAAAAGUGAACUACGUAGACAAUGGAGCCGACGACGAGGACUUCGGAGACGAUGUGCUCACAGGACAAUACUAAUGUAUCCAACCGUAAAAAAUUCGCAAUUGGCUCAUUUGUACUAUAUACAAAAAAUGUAAACAAUGAUAAAAUCAUGUGGUGUAAAGGAACGGUACAAAAACGAAUAGGACGCGUAAUGUAUUUAAUUAAAGACUGGGAUUCUCAAAUAUGUUAUCGCAAACACAUAAACCAAUUAGCAUUGUAUAAGGGUCAUAUAGGAGAUGCUAAUGUAUGGGACUACGACAAUCACGAUAAACGUACACACUCACCUGCCUCGACGUCUACGCUGACACCAGUACAUGCGCCGCCGUCGCCGCCGCCGCCGCCGCCGCCGCUGCCGCCGCCAUCGCGGUCGCCGCCAUCGCCGCCGCCGCCGCCAUCGCGGUCGCCGUCAUCGCCGCCGCCGCCGCCAUCGCCGCCAUCGCGGUCGCCGCCGCCGCCGCCGCCGCCGCCGCCAACGCAGUCGCCGCCGCCGACACCACAAUCGUUGAUGUUGCCACCGCCCGACCAGAAUGCAUCAGACCGUACUCACCCCAUGGAGGAGGAAGAGUACGACGAAGACGAGGAAGCGGAGGAAGAGUUUCAUGAGGCAGAGUCAGAAUCAGAAUCAGAUGAUGAACCGCCAACAGGCAAGGCACGGAGAGUGAUGCGUCCCCGUCCCAGAGUAAAUUAUAAAAAAUACUUUUAGGCUUUAGCAUUACAAUUAGGUUAAAGAUUAAUACUGUAAUAGGUGGAGGGAUGUUCAGUAUGCGACUAACGUA